CUAUUAAAAUUCGAAGCGAUGUCAGUGUUGACACUACCUCUCCAACUUGCGCACGGAGCGGUCAUGUAAACAUUGUUGUUACCCACGGAGCACUAGCUUCACAAGUCAGCGAAGAAACUUGAUGGAAAAGUUUGUGGUACAAGCUCUGACUAGCCGUCUUUGGAUUGAGAGGCUGAAUCGAAUAACGAUCAAUCUUGCGCAGAAACUUCAACCAAGUUAUUCAACCUUGCAAUAAUUUUCUCGAAAAUUAUAUUACUUCUCUAGCGGAGUUCUCGUAAUAUUCCUCGCAUAAAUCAUUCGAUUUGCCUUGCCUGUCUUUAGAAUCGAGAUUCAGUAACGGCCGUGACAGUACACCAGUCUCACCGCAGUACGGUAUCUGUCUUAUCCAUAGACACGGACACGUGACGUAAAACGAUCGAGUGAAGGGAAUGUCGUGCAUAGCUUCGAAGUGACGUAUGUGCUGGAAUCGAUGGAUAAAAGUAUGCACGAGACCUAAAAGUGCCUUCCUGGUGGUGGAUGUGCAGAACGAUUUUAUUUCCGGCUCGCUCAACAUCAAAAAGUGCGCGGCACGCCACGACGGCUCGGAAGUCAUUGAGCCCAUUAACAAACUUCUCGAUUCGGUCCCGUUUGAUAAUGUUUUCUAUUCGCUCGACUGGCACCCUGACGAUCAUGUGUCCUUCAUUGAUAAUUUAAAUUUGAGAGAGCUAGACGAGUCGAGCGGCAUAACGAAAGAGGAGGCGCGAGUAUACGAUACAGUCACCUUCAAAGGGCCACCUAUAUUAAAACAACGCCUGUGGCCACGUCACUGCGUGCAAGACUCUUGGGGUGCAGAGUUACAUAGAGAUCUGAAAAUUGUCGAACACGGCGUGAAGGUGUACAAAGGUACGAAUCCCGAGGUGGAUUCGUAUUCGGUAUUCUGGGACAACAAGAAGCUGUCGGAAACGUCAUUGUCGUCGCAACUGCAAGAGCGAGGUGUUACCGAUAUUUACGUCUGCGGUGUUGCCUAUGAUGUUUGUGUUGGUGCCACGGCAAUCGAUGCUUUGGCAAGCGGAUAUCGUACAAUUCUGAUUGACGACGCAUGUCGAGGAGUUGAUUUAGUUGAUAUCGAGAAGACAAAGGCAAAUGUCAUCGGUAGUCACGGGGUUAUUGUUACUUCGGGUCAGGUCAAAGCAAUGGUUGAAGGUCGAGAUCGACGACCUGAACUCGGUUACAAACUUGCUAUGGAGAUCAAUAAGGGCAAAAUUUAUACUAAGCAAUCUAAACAGAGUGAAGAUUGAAAACAUGGCUACUUAUAAUGAAACUAUGUAUCAUAGGUCACGUGUUUUUUUAUAUUUUUCAUUAGAUAGAUUGACAUAGCUGUUUAUUUAUUGCAAAAUUCAUUGUUAUACUUUAAUUGCUAAUCGUUUCAUUGAGGGUAUUAAAUCUUACUUUAAUGCCGUAGGUAUAAUAUUGUCAAUCGAUUGCGGCUUUUUGUAAGCAAUUCGUUGUAAAGAUUUAUAGAAUAUUUUUGAAUGUAUAUGUAUAUUAUUGAAAACUAUUAAUUAUUAAUCAUGUUGUAAAAAAUAUACGUCA